CUCGGAGAGGGCCGCUUCCAUCAUCACCACUACCACACCACCACGACCAGUCCACCACCACACCCCAUCACGACCACCUUAUUCUCGCCCAUCUCCACGCUGCCCUUCCCUCUCACUACGACCCUCGCUCCUGGUCUUCAAUGUCUGCUUAGCCGUACGCCAGCAGGUUGUCCUGUCAAUCCUCUUUACCACAACCACUGCUACGACUACCCUUCGCCAGGCUCAGCAUAAAGCUGUUCCUGUCUAUUUGCCAGCGUCUGGACGACCUAAUAUUCAUCAGCCGCCAGCGAUCCCUCUUAUCCUCGGAAAACUAUUGCUCCAUACUCGAUACUGAAACCCGUCGAGUCUUGUCACCGGCUCAAUCGCCCUCCGACACAGCCUGACACAUCGACUUCCGGCUUCGUACGACCUGUAGCGGGCAGUGCUGAAACAGGGGAGAGUUCGGAGGAGCCGCCUCCCAGAAACGCUCUCUUUGUCUACCUGUCCAUAAUACCACCUGCGCCGUAUUAGACGAAAAGAGACGUUGGUAGUGCAAAGGCUGUAUUGGAGCAACGGGCUUGUUCUGCAUUCGAAGCCCACACGCAGCUGUGCUGUGCUGGUUACCUGUGGCAGGACCUCCACCAAAGCGCGCACGCAAGCAGAACGAGCAAGCAAGCAGGACUUCACCACCACCACCACCACCUCUACUACGCACAUCCUACCACCACCACCACGCACCGCGCACCACGCACCACCCCCACCACCACCUGUGCAGCUCUCCUGCUCAUCCUCCUCCUCCUCCUCUCAUCCCACUCCUCACUCCCCCUCGACAGCAAUCAGACGUUGCACUGCACCGCCCACACCUACACGACUCUCUGUACAUUGGCCGUGGCACUGUCCACAUCACACUCCUUUGAGUAAAUUCGACAAGGCAAAUUUUAUCAAUACUCGACUCGCAGGCACGAAACAACCUUGUCGAACCUUAUCAAUACCUUAAUUGAUAAUGGCUCCCUCGCACCGCCCAGACUACAAACUCAACUUGGAGGGACUGCCUCAACUCAAUAUGCAUCAAUCGCGGUCUGCGAGUACGUCGCAGGCCAAUUCACCGAUCGAGGCACCUGCAGGGUCAGGCCUCCGCUAUCCACUUGGUAAUGGUCUAGGAGGAGCUGGCAGCCAGGCAGGAACUGGACGUGCCGGAGCUGGCUCUCCAUCAAAGGAAUACAUUGGAAGUCGCUUGUUUCCGAAACGUGCCCGCGAGAUACAACAGCAAGAAGGCCUGACACCGCAGAUCUGGGGACCACCAACUUCAGGUAGUGGCCACUCUACACCUCUACGAGAAACUAUUCCCGAAUCGCCCAGCAGUGACAGCUUUCCUGACUUCAACGCCGGUCAAGCCACCCCGAAUCCUGCCUCCACGUCGUCCUCGAUUCGCCGUACACGCGCUGGCACUGUGCCUUCACGAUUCCCAGCCAUGUCGACCCCGAAUGGGUCGCAGUCAUCUCCCGGUGUCACAAAAUCGAGCCAAGCAUCACCUUCGUCGUCUUCGUACGGCAAUGGCUCUACAAUGCACGAAGAGACCCAGGCAUCAGCGGGUGCAAGUUCUCGCGGACCACCAGCAAGUAAUGCAGCGCUCCUGUCGCGACUGAGGGCGGGCUCGCUUCCGCAGCGUGCUGGCCUCUUGGGCAACAGUCCCUUUGGCAAUUCUGUCUUCGCAAGUAGCUGGCUGGCGGGACGAGAAAGAGCGAGCACGCUUCAGAGCAUAAGGUCCUCCGAAGGUCCAUCAUCGCCGAAUGGGUCUCCGGCGGAUGGCGACGUGAGAACACUAGACUACCUCGGUCUGGUCGACACGCCCAACCAGGGCAGCCUAUCGCAGAUCAAUAUGGACAUACUCUUGAACCAGCAGCGGCAGAAUGGAGUGUCAAUCGCUGACUUGGCGGCGCUGAAUGCAUACAACAACAAGAACACCGCGAGCCGCUUUCGCUCCUACUCGGUGAAUGCAAAGGAGAAGUACGCCAACAUUGACCAGGAUGAGCUGGACGACUACGAACAAGUGGAACAACAACUCUACGCCAAUGGGACAGUGACACCGAAUUCGGAAAUGACAGCUGCACAUGCAGCCGCCAUACACGAAGCCGUCCGCCAGCACAACAUUGAGGUGCAGGCCUUUGCAAACUAUGCAAGUGUCAACAGGCCAAGAGCUCGUACUGCAGGCGUCUUGGACUCACCAUCAUCCCGAGUGCUCCGGAAUUACAUGCCUACUCCGUCUCGUUUGGACAGUAGCAUCACCGCUGCAGAUCUACAAAGCAACGAUGGCUCGGAAUAUGGCAACCUUGCUGCCGCAGUUCAUAACAUGAAUCUGAACAAACAGGCUUCAUUCGACAACGGCCUCGACUCUGGCAACCUGGAGUCACCGACACGCUCAUUAUGGCUGGGCAACAUUCCGUCUUCAACGACUGUUUCCUCGCUCAAUGUCAUUUUCAGCCAGUUUGGCCCCAUCGAAUUUGCCAGAGUUCUGACCCACAAGAGCUGUGGAUUCGUGAACUUCGAAAACCUGCAAAGCGCCAUCUCGGCGAAAAUCGCAUGCAAUGGGAAGGAAAUCUUUCCAGGCUGCGGCCCGGUCAGGAUCGGAUUUGCGAAGGAGCAGAGCGCCACUAACACGCCUGGCGCAACGGGUGCAUACCCUUCGCCUAGCCCGGAUCCUUUCCUCGCCAAGAAUCGCAACGACAGCGCCGGUGUCAGCACCGCCGCUGCUGGCAAUAUCAAUGCUGAGACAGCAGCCGCAGCGCUGGUCACGCCAGAUCUCCUGGAGCUGCGUGAGGAGAUCGCCGAUAUUGUGCAGCAUUUUGGCGCCUCUCCGGAGGAACAGUCACGUAUCAACCAGAGUUUGGAAGAUGCCAUGGGCUACAAUGGGUACCAGGACGAAAUCCCACCGAUACUGGAGCCGAGCCACAACCGUGUUCACGAUGCGCCACGUCUUCGCGAGAUCAGGAAGCGUAUUGACAACAACAAUGUAUCACCCGCGGAAAUGGAAAACAUCGCCAUGGAGAUGCUGCCCGAGAUCGCCGAGCUGGCGUCCGAUUAUCUCGGAAACACCGUUGUACAGAAGCUCUUCGAAAACAGCUCCGAGGAUACGAAAGAGGCAAUGCUCACGCAACUCGCCCCCCACUUGUCUGAGAUUGGUGUCCACAAGAACGGCACGUGGGCAGCACAGAAGAUCAUCGACGUUGCCCGGACGCAUGCCCAAAUGGUCUUGAUCGUGGACUCGCUUCGCCCCCAUGGUGUCAAUCUGUUCUUGGACCAAUACGGCAAUUAUGUUAUGCAAUGUUGCCUACGCUUCCAGGCGCCGCUCAAUCAAUUCAUCUUCGAUACGGCGCUGAAUAGGCUUUGGGAUGUCGCUCAAGGACGAUUUGGCGCUCGGGCCGUACGUGCGUGCCUCGAAAGCCACUUUGCCACCAACGAUCAGAAGAGGUUGAUGGCUGCUGCCAUUGCAUUACACAGCGUUCAGCUUGCCACCAAUUCGAAUGGUGCACUGCUGCUGACAUGGUUCCUCGACACUUGCACCUAUCCCAAACGCCGAUCUGUACUGGCACCGCGAAUAAUCCCACAUCUCGUCCAUCUGUGCACCCACAAGGUAGCGUACCUUACAGUGCUCAAGGUCAUCAAUCAGCGCAACGAGCCCGAUGCUCGUGACAGCAUUCUCCGAGCCUUAUUCUUCAACGAGCAGACGCUGUUUGACAUCAUCUCCGAUCAGGCAUGUGGAGCCACCUUUGUAUUCAAAGUGCUGACUACACCUUUCCUGGACGAGAAUAUGCGGCCGGAGUGCCUCGAGAACGUCCGAAACGUGCUCACACGUCUCAAAGCGCAGCCGACCCAGGGUUACAAGAGGCUCAUGGACGAAGUCGGAAUGUCCACUCGCCAUGGCGGCACUCCCGUCAGUCAUGAUGGCCGGGGAAACUCGAGAUCUCGGCAGCAAGGCGGCAACCUACCACAUGGUGAGGCGCAGAACGGCUAUCAGCGACCAGCAUAUGCGAAUUCGCAACAUAUUGAUCCUAGCAUGGGUGCUGGACUCCAGCGCACCAUCAGCACGGAGUCGAAUGGGUUCGACCCAUACGCGCAGCAGCAAUACACACACAGCCCCGCCAUGUCCAACUCGGGAAUUGGUCCGAUCAACGUCCAGUACCAGCAAGCGAUGCUCGCUCAAGGUGGCAUGGCUAGGCCUCCUGGCUUCUAUGCCCCUCCUGCUGGCAUGAAUUCGUAUGGCGGUGGUUCACCAGCCCACAUGGUAGAUCCGUACAGACCGAACGUGAGUGCCUCUCCUAUGGUUCCACCUGGAAUGUCGAUGCAGACUGGAUAUCAGCAGCAAGCCUAUGGCAGCCCUAUGCUUGGCAUGCCCGCCACUCUCAAUGGAUACGGCUAUAUGCCUCCACAGCAGUACUUCGUACCACAAGGCCAAAUGCCACAUCCGCAGGGCCAGAUGAACGGCAAUGGCAGGCGGGGGCGCAACAAUAGGAACAACGGACAUGGGAAUGGAUAUGGCCACUAGGCUAUGUCCGCAGUGCUCCUACUGGCUACGUACGACACACUCUCUCGAACUCGAACUCGGCUUCACUCUUGCAUGUAUACCUAGGCCAGCUUGAAACAAGUGACGGGCCAGAAACCGACUAUUUGAUAAUUGCAUUCACCGGUGUUGAUGUAUGACAAAAAGAAAAGGCGUUACUUUUUGCGAUGGCGCGGGAAAGUGGUCUGCUGCUUUGAUGGGUCACGGUAGAGAUGUAUGCUUCUGGUUUGUGUCUGGCACGCAGGCGCAAAGCUCAGUAAAUACAAGACUUCGUGACCGCGAUCGUAUACUUGGUAACAUUCGAUGGAAACCCUCGCAAUGAUGAGGGUGUGUAACGGCAUGUGUGAUCAGUCUAGCGCUUCGAGAAGGACACUUUGAGCGACUAGAAAUAACACUUUCGAGAGGUUCGUUGUAUGCUUAGUUGUAUUUGCAGGUGUUUUGGGUCUGGUGCAGGUCUGGUGCAUGUUGUUGCUUGGGGGAGAGCUUGAGAGGUGGACGAGCGAGAUGCGCGGAGCGAGAGAGGAAGGAGGAGGCAAACGUGGUUGCACAUCGCCAACGCACGUUUAUAACGACUAUCCAAAAUUGUUGUGUAUAAUUCUUGUAAAGCCAAUUGUACUGGUCACCUGAAUCACCUCUCUCUCUUGAAGAUUGCCUUUUAUGACUCUCCCAUAAUGAUGAUGGUGUUGUGCCCGAGUUCGCUUUUCACAAGACUGGAGAUGAGAAGAAACUCCCCGCGGUCUAUGAGGGAGGCGGAUUCAGGUCCAGCCCUUCAACGGUGAGUUUAAAGGCAUCGUUCCGGCUAUAGCUCCCAGCGACAUCAAGAUCGAGCCUCCCACGUUCGCAAUCUUCAAAGUCGACCUCUUGCACCAACAAUCCGCCAUCUUCGACGUCCCAGAGUGGUUCCUGUAACACUUGGCCAAAAGGUCCGAUAAUGCACGAUCCACCACGACAGACAAACUCGUCGUCGUCAUCUUCCUUCUCUCCGCCGUGAGAAUUUCCCAAUGCACCAGCGGCGGAAUUUCCUGCGUUUGUUGCUGUAGUAGAAGAUUGUGAUGCCGCCGCCGCCGCCGGCGUGGGAUUCUUCUUCUUCUCCUGUUUCGAAGAAGGAGGCUGAGAUUCGUGGGUUUCGCUCAGAGAGGGUAAUACUAAUUCGUGUUCGUCUUCUUUUACGAUGAUGGAUCGACGACGGCUAGAGUUUGCUGGUCCUGCUGGCGUGCUCGUCGUCGUCGUCGUCGUCGUCGUCGUAGCGCUUGCUGUUGAGUUCGUCGUCGUCUUCGUCUUCGUUCCCGUAACCCAUUCGGGGAGGUUUUUUCGUUUCUGACAUGAAAUACUGCUCAAUACAAAACAUCUCCCUUCAUUCCCUACAGUUCGCAUGAGUGGAAGCCAAGUAUCUCUUGCAUCGGCAGUAGGAGCCAACCAUAAAUUGACAUUUUGACUAUACAGGCUGUAUCGCAGCAACGGCAUCAUAUUUUCCCAGCAAAUCGCCGCCGCCAUGACGACUCGGACGUUCCGGAUGGUGGUCGUGAUGGCUUUCAACGUCGCAGGUGAGCCUUGUCCCCACACUAAUCUUUCCGAACCCGUCGGCAUCACUUUGCGCCUUUUCCCUAUUACUCCCCGUCGAGGACAGACGUAGACUACUGCACAAUAUAGUGUUCCACCACUCUUCUCCACCACUCCCGUCACCACAAACACGCCCGUCUCUCGCGCCACCUGCUCCAAGAAUUCUCGUGUCCCAUCUCCUCGACACUCUUUUCCCUCUGCUAUGGGCAAAUUUUUCUUCUGAAUCCAAUCUUCGCCUGCUCCCGUGGGUGUAUCUCCUAAAUCUACGCAGCUGUGAAAGUAUUGGAGGAAUUGCUCUCGACCUGCUUCGCUGCGCGAUCCGACGGUGGCUCCGAAGGCUGCGGUGCGAGGAUAUCCGCCUAAAAAGGCUUCGGGGAAGAGGAUGAGAUCGACGUUUUGGCUUGCUGCGAGUCGUGUUGUGGAGGCGAGGGAGGAGAGGGUGGAGGAGAGGGUGGAGAGGGUGCGGGAUUGGGAGACUGCGAGAGUCAGUUUUUGAGGCAUGGCUUGGCUUGAAUUUCUUCUUCUUCU